CUUUAAGGUGUAUCAUAAAUGAGACAGAAACACAACUUUGUCCAAUAGAAGUGGUUUGACUAGUAGGAGAAUAUAAAAACAGGUAGGUUUAGUCAGCAAACCGGACUGCUUAAAUAUCAACCACGUCAAGUACAACUGCAGAUUAUUGGCGUACACUGGACAGCAGCUUUUUCCAAAAUGUUGCAACUUAUUCUGAUUCUCUCUGGAGUCUGUACAGUGGGCAUGGCCAUGCCUUUACCUGAUUUCUACUCUUACUCCAUGGCUGUUGGGGACGGCAGUGGGGUUGAAUAUUCUACUGCAGAAGCAGGUCGCAUCACUGGUAUCAGAGUCUGGGAAUACAGCAGUGCAUACAUUAGUGGAUUCCAGCUGAGUUAUGAAGGUAAUUGGACAACGCUGGUUUGUGCAAGCUAUGGCAAUCCGAUGGAGAUGACACUUCAUCAUGAUGAAUCCAUCAUUCAGGUGUCUGGAAAGUACGACAGUGGCUACAUGCUUAUGUUUGUCACUAGUCAAGGCCGCUCUUUAAAAGUGGGACAGCCUUCUGGAAUCUCAUUUAACCUCUACCCGACCCAUGAUGGAAGUGAGCUACGUUUUCUCAGUGGUCGACAUAAUGGAUAUGGCAUCACCUCCAUUGGGGCUCAUUGGGCUGUCUACCACAGCAGUGUGUAACAGCUUAAGACCAUAUUAGUUCAGUUCAACCCCCUAUACCUUGUUUCUGCCAACAUUAAAGAAACAACUACACAAACUUUUUUUUUUUUUUUAUCUGAGUUUUAUUUGUUCUCAUUUUUAUAGAGGCAAUUACUUGAAUAAAGGCAAUGUUGUUUUGUUAAUUUUAGCCUGUUUUAUUUUCAGUGGUUUUUUUUUUUAAAUAAACUCUGGGAAUUUACAACAUUUUUAGCUGCAUAAAUGUAAUGACUGCUAUUUGAAUUUUCUUUAUUAUUUGAAUUGCCUUGCCUUGUUAUAUUUCUUCAACAACUGACACAUAUAUCUUUUCUUUUGUA